GUGGUGGUGUUGGUGGUGGUGAGGGCGUCCGUCGGCCCACGUCGCUGCCUCGGGCACAAGGCGCGAGCGGGAGCGAGAGGGCCACGCGAGAGAGAAGCGCACGGUCCCUGCAGUGGGGACGACGCGAGCGAGGAACCGCGCGGGACCCGUCCUCGAUCCGUCCGCACGGAGACAACCCCGCGCGCACUCGUCCAUCGAUACAUCCAUCUUUAAGGGUCCGUAGUAUCAUCAUCAUCAUCCUCAUCGUCCUCGUCGUCCUCACACGGAUCGCGUGCAUCUUCUCGUCUCUUGCUGGAGCCGCGCGCAAUUUUAUUUUUUAACUUUUUGUAGCCCAGCCCGUGCGUGGGAGAAGAAGGAGCCGCGGUGGGCGGACAAAACUCGCGACGCAAGCGAUGAGACAGAGAGGGACAACACCGACAACAACAACAACACCGACAACAACACCGACAACAACAACAACAGCACCGACAACAACGUCGACUCCGUGCCCACUGAUUGUUUUGGUUUGGAGCAAUUAGGCGGCUCGUACGCACGUCUCCUAAUUAGAAGACGUCACAGGCUUGGAAUUUGAAGGCAGUGCGCGCGACGGAUCCGACGCUUCAAUCCACCACCACCACCACCACCAACCCCCACCGCCGCUGCCGCCCAGAACUUGGAAGAUUCCCCCACACGAGCAAUUCUGCGGCCAUCCUGUAAUUAGAAGACAAUAUUCCUCGCGGCAUGAUUUUCUUUUUGUUGUGGUUUAUUGUUUGUUGAAGAUGAUAGGGAGCCAUCAACGCCGUCGUCUAAGCCGACUGACUCCUGCCAAUUUAGAAGGCGCUGUUCAGGUUGGUGUUGCUUCGUGAUUCACGCGUGAAGUUGCAAGGACCGCGCCGUGGAAACACUCUCCCCUACUCCUGCAGUCACGAGGACAUCGCACCCGCGAUCGAAAACACGCGCCCGUCAAUUGCAGUGAAGACGCUGUUCCUUGCCACUUAGGAGUAUUCAAUUAAGGAGACGUUGUUUAUCAUUGGUGUUACUGCUACUACUAGACCCAUCGCGAUCUGGCCGUACCGAUACCGCAUUGGACCCGACCGUCGCGAGCAACGGAGGCGAUCGAUUGAAAAGUCUCCCCGGCGCCAGAGUGGGGGAGCGAAGUUGCGAGCGGUGGUUGAGUCGCAAGCCUUUGUCGUGGGGGGGGGGCACAGAGAGAGAAGCUGAGCUCUGCGUGGGAGGGGGAGCGCCUCUCUCUCUCUCUCUCCUCCCCGCACACCUCGCGCCGCCAGUGGCUGAGUGGCUGAGCGGAGUAAUGAGUUGUCUCGAUGUGAUGUACCACGCGUACGGGCCGCCUGCCCGCGCCUACCUCAGCGCAGCAUCGGCCGCCUACUCAUCGUACCCCCACGCCACGCAGAAGCUGCAGCUCUUACCGGGCAAGAUGAGCGACUUUUUCGAGGGCAUCAACGCGGGCAGCAGCGCCCCGCACGAAGGGCAGCCUCAGCCGCCCGAGGGGAGCCGGCACGCGGCGAGAGGCAUCGUGAGCGAAGGCGGUGACCGAGCAGACCCCGAGGAAGGCGGCACAGACGACGAGACAGCAGCAGCAGCGGCAACAACAACAACAACAGCGGCUACAACAACAACAACAGCGGCUUCGUCAGCAGCUGGAGACGCGGGCGUGCUGCAGCAGCAGCAUCAUCAGCAGCAGCAGCGUCACGACAAGGAGCGGGUGGCCGCGGCUCAGUACCUCACGUCUCGCUGCCUACUGCUCACCUACUUCCGUGGGGACAUCGCCAGCGAAGUGGACGAACACUUCAGCCGCGCGCUCAGCCAGAAGCCCCCCACGGCGACGCAGACGACGCAGACGACGACGCCGGGAGCCGAGCAGGCGGAGCGCAGUGAGCGGCGAGCAUGGAAAGACAGACUUCUCUCUCCCAUGACCCAGCGGAAUUUCCCUCCGUCCUUCUGGAGCAGCAGCACUUACCACCACGGCACGGGCACCACAGCAGGCAUGGCGCUGGGAGCUCACCCGGCGGACCUCGCAUUCUCCCUGGAGCCCUACCCGGGCAUGCACCACCACCCUCACCACCACCACCAUCACCACCACCACCACCACCCGCACCACCCUCACCACCACCCGCACCACCACCCGCACCACCCGCACCAUCACCACCACCUCGUGCAGCAGCAGCAGGAGGUCGCGGCCGCGUGGCAUUACCCGCUGUCGAGCCAAGCCGGUGCGUACUCGCGAGGGGUCUCCGACCUCUACUCGGCCGGGGCUCAUCCCUUUGACCCCCUCUACGGGCCUCUGCUGGUGCCGCCGCCGCCGCCGCCGCCGCCGCUGCGGCCGGCGAGGCUGCCACCGGCCCUGGGUCCCGGGUGCGACCUCGGCAAAGCCUCGGAGAGCCCCGUGGGAGGCCCGUGGAGCCAGGGAGGCUUCGCGGCUCACAGCUCCGUGGAGGUGGCGCAGAGUUUGAACGCGGAAGCGGCUCGACGCUACGGCCUCUGUAGCUCGUCGCUCAUGAGCUGAUGGUUCGGUUGACAAGCCUCAAGGAUGGAGGGUUGCUGCUGACCCCCCCCCCACCCCCCAAUCAACCUCUCCACAACAAGGACAAAGAUCCCCCGUAUAGCCUCCAUAGACUGCUGGGGCAAGUACUGUGAACAAGCGCCCGUUAAGGCCUGCACGGCGCACGAGGGGGUAGGUUUGUGUGGCCGUGAAACCCCAAGUGCUGAAGUUUACACACCGCAUCGCCAGACGCCCAUAUUGUUUUACUCUGAGUCGACCUAGAAGAGACCCACCCCCGUUUGCCCACAGCCCGGUUCAGAUAUCAAACGCCCACUGUCGUUGACUGUGAUUGUAGCGCGGCGCGCUAACCGCUGCGCCACCGCUCCCCAUUAAUUAAUUAAUUAAUUAAUUGAGGUCUUGUUCAAUCAAUGAAUUAAUGCGAUCGGCACGCGGCGGGAGGGAAGGAGCCCGGUGCUCACGAAGGCCACGUGGACGCCAGGAAUGCCACACCACCACCACCCACCCCCAUCCACUAACUUUGCCCAUCCCAUGCCACGUGGACAAACGCCCAGUGGAGACGUGGCUGCCGGUCAAUGAGAACAGCCUUGGGUACCCCCAUCCGCACGCGAGCAUUAGCAGCAGAUGAUGAUGAUGAUGCACAGGUAGAAAAUAAAAAAAUAUAUAUCCCGGCAGUGUGGGGAGACUGUGAUCACUACCCACCCAGAACAAAACUUUGGAGCGUAGAACAUGGACUCAAUGCCCCCCCACCCCCACAUCCCCUCGAUUCACAAAUACGAAGGAGGCACCAUCAUCAUCAUCACCGCACAUCCGAUUAGCACGGCUGGCUACGCACGGUGCGAAAGAAGUUGAACGUACACGCAGCGGCGACAGGCGAGCCAGAUCCUGGCUCCGCGACCAUCGGGCUCAUCAACCCACCUGGGUAUGAACUUACAGCCGUCCGUUUCUGCUCGCCCUCGCUUUGCGCCGUCAACAUCAGCCUGCCACCAGGAACCGGGGACCGAUCUUCUCCUCCACGUGGUGGGCAAAACGCGCCGAGCUUCGGACCGCGAUUGGACCAGCCUCGUUCGUCUACGCUGACUCGGUGCUGCAGCUGCAACACCGGGUUCCGGGACCCCUGGACGCACAUGCAGGGCAAUAUAUGGUCUGUUCGUGGGGCAGGGG